AUGGUGCUGAAGAUGUUCCCAGUAAUUUCCCGCCAUCGUCUGUGGUGGGGUGGGCUUCAGAGGAGCAUCUGCCCGAGCCAGCCAGUGCUGAGCAGGCAGUGUAUUGAGCAGAUGCACGUCCGAGUGGGAGACCGCGCUGAACUCAGCAGGGCCUUCACGCAGAGGGACGUGGCUGCCUUCUCAGAAUUAACGGGGGAUGUCAAUCCUUUGCAUUUAAACGAAGAUUUUGCAAAACACACCAAGUUUGGAAAGAGAAUUGUACAUGGAGUUUUGGUCAAUGGACUUAUUUCAGCACUCUUGGGAACUAAAAUGCCAGGGCCAGGCUGUGUAUUACUUUCACAGGAAAUUAGCUUUCCAGCCCCUUUAUAUGUUGGAGAAGUUGUCUUAGCUUCUGCAGAGGUAAAAAAGCUAAAGCGGUUUGUUGCUGUUAUUGCAGUGUCAUGUUUUGUAACAGAAAGUAAGAAGACGGUUAUGGAAGGCUGGGUUAAAGUUAUGGUCCCAGAAACUCCCAAAUCCUGAAACGUGGUCAAAGAUGCAUGUUCAAGUGCCAGUGGUGUACUGUUGGUGAAGAGCCUCUGGGGAAGUUAGGGAUUGCUGCCUUUCACCAGGGGAUGCCUUGUAGACCUCAAAGCCCGUUGAGGGCGGGGGUGGAAGCAAGGAGCUGGGUGUACAAAGGUUCACUGUCUGAUUUGGCUUUAAGCUUCACACAGACUUGAGUGUAUUCAUCAUCUGUCUAGGUUUUUAAAAUUGAAAAAAAUACCAGGAAGGUUAUUUAGCUGAAGGUUCUAAUUUUCAGAUUUCACAUCUAGUUAGAUCUGCAUUUUGAUAAUACAAACCUGCUUCUGGGCAGAAUAAGUUCAUCGCUGAAUUUAUAACUAGCAGUUAAUUAUUGAAAGCAACCACAGAAGCCAGGCCAUCUUGAGCACCUACCUUCUACCAGGCAGUGUUCUUAGAGCCUGUUGUUCAGCAGUUUCUGGCUCAGAGUUUAUUGUAAUUUGUUACUGCUCACACCACAAUGGCACCUUGUUGCAUCCUCAGUGGCAUUUGCCUUUUACAUGGUUUUCCAUGGAGAAGGGCUAUAUGCACAUUUGGACUCAUUCUAUGUAAACUCUCAAUCUCAUGUAUGAAACAGGGAUGACAACACCUACCACACAGGAUUGUUGGAGAGGCUAGGUACAAAUAGCUAAGCACAAAGUCCAACCUGUAAAGUAGUUAACUGCUGUCGUCCGUUCUCCCCUGUGGAUGAAGUUACAGGUUUUCCUGAGGUUAAAGCAAACUGGCUCACAAUUAAACAUAACAGACUAAUUUUCAUGAUGUUGGUCCAUCUAAGCCUGAAAUAGAGUUUGAGUGAGAAGUUUCUAUUUUACUAAUCUAGAUUAUUUUCUCUCUCCCUUGAAAACACUGGAUUCUCCCCUUUACAAAUAAUACAUAUGUCAAUUGUAAAGAUAUUUUAAAUAAAAAGUAUAAGGAACCCUG